AACUCAAGUAAUUACUAUUCAUUCAUUUCUAUUAUAAUUUCUAUUGUAAUUGUUUAGUAUUCGAAAAUCUGUAUUGUAUUCAGUUAAUGAUUUAGAUUAAAUAGCUCAUUGAAAAAUAGCUGAAGGUUAGAAGACAAUAAUUCCAACAAAUAUGUCUAAAAGAAAACAAGUCAGUGCAGAGGAAAAACGUACCAGGAUGUUAGAUUUAUUUCAUGAAAAAAAAGAUUUUUACCAGCUCAAAGAAUUAGAAAAAAUUGCACCAAAAGAAAAACAAAUUAUAGUACAAUCAGUAAAAGAUGUCAUUCAAAACUUGGUAGAUGACGGAUUAGUUGAUACUGAUAAAAUAGGAACGUCUGUGUAUUUUUGGUCUUUUCCAAGCAAAGCAAAAAUUGCUAAGAAAAAUGUAUUGGAUAAUGCUAAAACAAAAUUGGACGAGUAUCAAAAAAAGCUCGACAAGAACUUAGAAAUUAUCAAAAAAGAAAAAUUAAGAAAAGAGAUAACAGAUGAAAGACAAGCACUCUUAAACAAACUCAAGGCACUCAAUGAAGAAAAAUCACGUUUAGAAAGCGAACUAAAGAAAUAUGAAGAUUCCAAUCCAGUCGAGUAUGAGCGUAUGAAGAAAAGCAUAGAAGUGGCCAAGGAAGCGGGAAACCGUUGGACGGAUAAUGUUUUUUCAGUGAAGUCGUGGUGCAAGAAGAAGUUUUUCUUGGAAGACAGCGUUAUUGACAAACAGUUUGGAAUUCCAGGAGACUUGGACUAUAUAGAAUGAAAGAUAACGUGCACAACAGACCAUGUAUCUUGUUUGUAUAUUACAUUACUACUUACCAUGUAAUUAAUGUUCCCUUGGAGACGUGAACCAUGUUUUUCCAAUUUUUCAAAUAUAAACCGUAAAAUGCCUA